AGUGUUACCUAAGGCUCAUAUCAUUGCGCCGACUUUAGUCAAGGGGGGCUUAUUUCUGUUUUGAAUGAAACAAUAAUAAUACUUUUCUCCGCAGUCAAUGAAGUUGUUAUUGAAUAAUUUGACUGUGCUAAAUAAUGGAGACCGCGUAGACCUAUAGGUUGGCGUGAUAAGGAAAUGAUCAACGCGACUGUGAGUAGCACUAAUUGUGAUUUUGAUAUACGAUUUGGUGAAGUUUAGCUUGGAUUUGAGUCUUAAAAGUAUUUUUAUUUAAAUUUUUGGGAUAAUUUAGCCCAUUCUCUUCAGUUAAAUAACAUGAUCAGCAGCAUUCAUUUGUUUUUAUUUUCUGUUAAGAUAAUUUUUUCUAAUUCUUAAAAAAAAAAAAAAUAAUACUUUUUUUUUGGGUAUGUUUUUUUUUUUUUUUUUAAAAGCGGAUUUUACUUUUUUAAAGCUUGAUAGUUAAAAACUGUGAAGGAAAAUACCGGCUUCAUUGGAAGAUAGGAUAGGUACAUAUCAUUGAUAGAGUCGGAAAACUCAAGGACACUAUUGAAAAAUAACGACACGAAUACGUAGGCAAGGAAAUGCGUUGUCUAGUUUUCGUGGCUAUGCCUUUCGUUUGCUGAUGUUAGUAGUUGAAAGGUCAAGUUUGUGAUAGUAUUAUACAUUUAAAUUCGAAUUAAUUAUUAUACAGCUUUUGUUUACUAAGAUUUGUAUCUUUUUUAUUUAUGAAAUAUGGUUUAAAUUUUGCACUAUAAAUAACAAUAGGCUCGUAAGUAAGAAAUCGAAUUACUAUUGUAGGUGCUUGAAACUAGCUUGUCAGAUAGUUUUCCUAUUUUUCGUCUUUUAUAAUUAAUUACUAUCUGGAAUAGCAUAAUUGUUGCAUAUUUUCAACUAUUCUUACCAAUAGAUGAGACGCCACACGCCAUCGGGUUUGUUCAUCGUGGUGAUGCUAUUAAAACUGAACAGUUUCAGUGUCGCCAUUUCUUGUACUGGCGACCCUUGUAAUAUUAUCAAGUGUCCGGACGUAUCGCAAGAGAACUGCAAAGGGAAGAUAAUAAGCAGAGGGGCCUUGUGCGGAUGCUGUGACCUCUGUGCAACAGUUCUGAGUAAGCUCAAACACUACGUUAAUGCCAUUGACAUUACAUGUGUAAGGAACGAAUAUUCAACUGCUUCCUUGCCUUGCAUGUUUACCGGAUACUUCAAAUGAAUACAAUCUAGCUGUGAUAAAUGUAUAACUUCCAUUUAUUAAAAUUUAUUCUAGACCAUUUACUUCCUUGUUAAAAUAUUUUUGGUGCUAAAUGGAAAGAAAGAGUCCAGUUUUAGAAGUCUGUUCGACACAAGUGUCGGUCCAGUGUCAGGGUAGGGAUGUCGGGCCCAUCACGGGGCUCGGGUAAUUAGUGUCAGCCCUCACUUGUCUCCAAGCUGCUCUGUUGAUUGAACGCUUUACUAUUAAAACACACACCCCCACCCCACCCCCACCCACAUUUUAUUGUUUUCUUCUCCAGAUGCAGGUGACGUGUGUAGUGGUUUGUCUCUACUGGGCUUCCAAGGUCCCGAGGUGUGCCCCGAUGGUUACGAAUGUGAAUUUACUUCUCAAAAAUGCGAACUGAAACCCAAAGAAACUGAAGAGUGAUAGACAUAGGUCUUCGCAAUUUUCCAAAAAAGAUUUAGCCUAAGGCUUGACCGCUUUUUACGGACUUUUUUUAAACAUCAUUUUUAAAAUAAAUUGAUCGAGUUAUCCCUAAUCGAAUAGACAGGCAAUAAAAGGAGGUAAAGUCUCAUUUCUUCCUGCUAGGAAUAACAACGCCUUCGUGGAUAAAUUACUUCAGUGACAUUUUGUUUCGUCAUUAAUUAUUUAAUACAUUUCGUGAAAAAAAUUAUCCUUG